CCCAUAUACAUUCUUUUUAGGCCUUUUGACGAUUAUCGAUCUUCCAUGUGUUUGGGCAUUUUUAUUUUUGUAUAUGAAAAAAAAUAAGCAUAUUCUUUAAAAGAAUUAAAAAUUGUAUUCCAAAAAGGUCACAUCGCUAACCGGCGCUAUUCUAUAUUCUUUACGAGAACUAUUAGAAACCGACUUAUUUUAGAUUUUUUUAUGAGAACGAAAAUAAAAUAUGCGUUAAAAUAACGUUUCAAAUGACAACAACAACAAUAAUAAUACCGUAAAUUUUAUGGCAUUACUCUCACUAUCUCAUCCAUAUCAUUCCAAAUUGCUGGCGAUUCCAUUCUUAUAAAUUCCUUUUAUUUUUGGCGAUAUCAACGAAUAUAUUCUUUAUUUAAUCUCAUUCCUCCCACACCCCCUCUCCCCUCUCUUCCUUCAGGAAAGAAAAGAUUAAGCAAAAUUCGAUCGCUUGGCUAUGCAAAGAAACAGUAAAAAAAAAGAAGAGGAUGACAGGUUUUAUUACCUCGAAAUAGGCGACACAAAUUUCACCAUUUUAAAACGUUAUCAAAAUCUAAAACCUAUCGGAUCCGGUGCUCAGGGGAUGGUCUGCGCUUCCUACGAUUCGGUUUUAGAGCGAAACGUUGCCAUCAAAAAGUUGAGCCGACCUUUUCAAAACGUUACUCACGCCAAACGGGCGUAUCGCGAAUUCGUGCUACUUAAACUCGUCAACCACAAAAACAUAAUUAGCCUAUUAAACGCGUUCACACCUCAAAGUUCUUUUGAAGAUUUCCAGGACGUGUAUUUGGUGACCGAAUUGAUGGAUGCAAACUUGUGCCAAGUCAUUCAGAUGGAUUUAGAUCACGAAAGGAUAUCUUAUUUACUUUACCAAAUGCUAUGCGGCAUCAAACAUUUGCAUUCUGCCGGCAUAAUUCAUAGAGACCUCAAACCCAGUAAUAUAGUGGUAAAAUCAGAUUGCACCCUCAAAAUAUUGGAUUUUGGGUUGGCCCGAACUGCUGGUUCGAGCUUUUUGAUGACUCCCUACGUGGUCACCAGGUAUUAUAGGGCGCCCGAGGUUAUAUUGGGUAUGGGUUACAAAGAAAACGUCGAUAUAUGGUCUAUAGGAUGUAUAAUGGGCGAAAUAAUAAGAGGUAGCGUUCUUUUUCCUGGAACUGAUCACAUAGACCAAUGGAGCAAAAUCAUAGAGCUUCUUGGCACUCCGCCUUCCGAUUUUACCAAAAAAUUGCAACCCACCGUGAGAAAUUACGUGGAAACGCGGCCUAAAUGUUCGGGUUUCCCAUUCGAUAAAUUAUUUCCCGACGUCCUAUUUCCCCGGGACAGCGCGGAGCACGGAAACCUAACUUCCGCCUACGCCAGAGACUUGCUAAUAAAAAUGCUAGUCAUAAACCCUAGUCAAAGGAUCACGACCGAUCAAGCCCUAAAACAUCCCUAUGUCAACGUUUGGUACGACGAUUUGGAAGUCAACGCUCCUUCCCCUGGCAUCUACGAUUAUACAGUAGACGAGAAUGAACACACGGUGGAACAAUGGAAAGAUUUGAUCUACAAGGAAGUCCUGGAGUAUCAACUCAAUUUCGAUUCUAGGUACGUCAAAAAAUCGGUGGUCAUAUCAACGACAACGGAAAUACCCGAAAAUUCGGCCCACGACGGCAAUGGUCCUUUUAAAGACGACGAUAGUUUUUCAAACGAUGCCCGUGAAAGCGAAAACAAUUAUACUGACCCCAUUUUUACGAACGAAAAAGAUAGGAUGGAUGGACCUAGAGAUAUGGAUGAUUCCGGUUACCCGCCAUCCAGUUGUUACUAUUAUGCCAACAACUCCAAUUAUUACCCUAACUCGAACGAGACCAACGAUACGAAUCAAAUAUCUUCCUCUUCCAAAAAUCAUGAUUCAACCAAUGGCCUCGCAAACAAUUACACAAAAAACAAUGCUAAUUGCCAUAAUGCUAAAUAUAUUUCGACCAAUGGAGAUAGCAAGAACUCGUUGAAAAACAACUCGAAAAAGGUUCACACAACCACCUGUGAUAAACAACAACAAACCCAUCAUGCUAACUCUCAUAAAAAUCGCUCCGGAAAUUUCUGCAAUAAAACGUCUUCUAAUACCGCUAAUCAAUACAAUAUGACCAGUUCUUCCUCAACUGAUAGUAAUUUUGUGAAUGGCGAUAUCGAUAUGCUGAAUGAUAACUUUUGCUGCUACCCCUCUGAUUCAUCUUCCUGUGCAUGCAAUAUUAUUAAACAUUAGAUUAUAUUUUAUAAAUACUUAUAAUACUCCUUCAUCUAUAAUUUUUUUUUCAUUAUAAAUAUGUCAUGCUAAUUUUGGUAUAAUUGUUUUUUUAAGCAUAUUUACGAUUUUAAUAAAGCGGCGUUUUCUAUUCAUUUAUAUAUAAAUAAAUUAAAAAUUUUUCUCCUAAAUAAAUUUUAUUAGCUCAAAUUUAUAUAUAAUAAAUUAUUUUUUUUAUAAUUUUUUUUACGUCAUUUGACUUAGCCCCCCACA